AUGGACGCAAAAGCCAUCGACGAUAUCUUGGCAUCGAAGAAAGUUCUCAUAUCUGGAGGCACUGGUUUUGUUGGCUCCGCCACCGUGCAUGCCCUGGCAGGAAAGCAUCCCAGGUGCGCCAUCACCGUCAUCGACCGCAGUCCCCCUCGACCCCAACAUGCACUACCAGAGGGCAUUUCAUGCAUGCAAGUCGACGUGACCUGUAUGUCCGAGGUCAGCGAGGCGUUUCAAACAAUUCAACCGGAUGUUGUUAUUCACACAGCUGGUAUUGUCCCCGGUCUAGCAGACCGGUUCGGUCGGAGGCGGGAGAAGGAAGUUUGGAGGAUUAAUGUUGCAGGAACCCAGAAUAUGCUGGAUGCAGCCAUAGAGAACGGGGCCGAGGCUUUCAUCUACACCAGCACCUGCUGCGUUGUCACCGACGAUAUGCGAUCAUCCUACGCUAACAUUGAUGAGCGGUGGCCCACUUCGUCUAACUCCCUCAUCUAUGGAGAAUCCAAGGCUACAGCAGAGGCUCUGGUGCUCAACGCGUCCAGCGAGAAAAUGGCCACUUGUGCGCUCCGCCCCUCUGUGCUAUGCGGGCCCGGCGACUACCAGCUAGUACCAGCCAUCCAUGCAUGCAUUGCCAAGUACGAAACACCGUUCAUCAUUGGUACUGGCAAGAACUUGUGGGAUGUCACGCAUGUGAGCAAUAUUGCUGAUUCCCACAUCUUGGCUGUUGAGAACUUGGUUACCUCACGUACAGCGGCAGGCGAGGCUUUCUUUAUCCAAAAUAAUGAACCUAUCGCUUUCCGGCAUUUCUGCCUAGCCAUAUGGGCCCAUUUCGGGCAUAUCCCACCAUUUGAGAUCCAAAUCCCCGAAAUUUUAGCUUAUCUUGCAGGGUUGCUGUGUGAAAUAGUCACUUGGUUGACUGGCACCACGACGACCCUAAGCAGAGGAAGUGUACGAGAUGCUUGUGCCGUACGAUAUGCUUGUGGUGACAAGGCCAAAGAGAUUCUGGGGUACGAGGCUCGCAUAGGUAUUGAGGAUGCCAUCCGAUUGAGCUGCGAGGAGUAUGCCCACCGUAUCGGGGUAGAACUGCCAACCUAG